CUCCGUUAAAAAGGAGAGGUGCCUCAGACCGACUCCACUGAAGCUUCCAGCUCAGCAUCAAACCAAGAAAACACUGUUCACCUGAAAAGCAGAGGAUGGACGCAGCCUAUAAGAAAAUCAAUGGAACCUAUCCAGAUGCAGAAGACCAAGGCACAGGGCAGAGACGAAGGGGCUCCAUGUACCUCGAGGAGGAGACCAAUAAGAAAUCUGAAGUGAUCUCAUGCAUCUUCUCACUGAAAGAAGAGGUUGGAGCUUUAGCCAAGGCCCUGCGGCUCUUUGAGGACAAGGGCAUCAACCUGACGCACAUUGAGUCCCGCCCGGCGCGGAUGAAAGACCAAUACGAGUUCUUCAUCAGCGUGGACUCCAGCUGCUCCCAGGCCUUGGAUGAUGUCAUCGAUGGCCUGCGCACACAAAUCAGCGGCCUUGUGCAUGAACUGUCACGUAACAAACAGAAGGACACAGUGCCAUGGUUCCCUAAUGACAUCCAGGACUUGGACCGCUUUGCCAACCAGAUCCUCAGUUAUGGCUCCGAGCUGGAUUCUGAUCACCCAGGUUUCACAGAUCCAGUGUACAGGGCCCGCAGGAAGGAGUUUGCCGACAUCGCCUACAACUACAGACAUGGCCAAACCAUCCCCAGAGUGGAGUACACAGAGGAAGAAAAAGCCACAUGGGGCACAGUGUUCAAGGAGCUAAAGACUCUGUACCCAACUCACGCCUGCCGCGAGCACAACCGGGUCUUCCCCCUGCUGGAGAAAUACUGCGGCUACAGGCAGGACAACAUCCCACAGCUGGAGGACGUCUCCCGCUUCCUGCAGUCGUGCACGGGUUUCCGGCUUCGCCCCGUGGCCGGUCUCCUCUCGUCCCGGGAUUUCCUGGGUGGUCUCGCCUUCCGUGUCUUCCAUUCCACACAGUACAUCCGCCACAGCUCCAAGCCCACGUACACACCUGAACCGGAUAUCUGCCAUGAGCUGCUUGGACACGUUCCUCUGUUUGCUGACCCCAGUUUUGCCCAGUUCUCACAGGAAAUUGGUCUUGCUUCCCUCGGUGCCCCUGAUGAGUACAUUGAGAAACUUGCUACUGUCUACUGGUUCACAGUGGAGUUUGGCCUGUGUAAGCAGGGCUCAGAGAUCAAAGCUUAUGGAGCUGGCUUGCUUUCAUCGUUUGGAGAGCUGCAGUACUGCUUGACAGACGAGCCCAACAUUCUGCCCUUCGACCCAGAUAAGACCAGCCUGCAGAAAUACCCCAUCACAGAGUACCAGCCUGUUUACUUUGUCGCUGAGAGCUUUGAGGAUGCCAAAGAGAAAGUGAGGAAAUUUGCAGCCACUAUUCCCAGGCCUUUCACAGUGCGCUACAACCCCUACACUCAGAGUAUCGAAGUGCUGGAUAGCACCCAGCAGCUCAGCAACCUGGCAGACAGCAUCAAUAGUGAAAUGGGGAAACUGUGCGAAGCCCUGCGGAAGCUGGAGUGACGUAGUGUCUGAGAGAGACUCUCUUCUCGUCUUCACUGAAACUGUCCUUCAUUUAUUAAGCUGCUGGUUUGUUGCAGUUGUGCUUAGCAUGCUUGCAAAUUAGCUUUCUUUAUUUUAAAAUGAAUAUGCAAGUCAACUAAUGACAAUAUUACUGUUAUCUGAUUAGUAUGAAAUAUUGUCUGUGUAUUUUAGUGGAGUGUAGCUUGUUACUUAUGGAAGAUAAUAAGGAGUUUGUGGUUGUCAACAGCCAAAAAUGUUACUGUCAAUAUUUGUUAUAAAAAAAUAUGCUUUUUCAAAACGAGGGUUUUGUCGAUCAACAUCUCCUCAGUGAUUUAAGUGAAUUUAAAACCCAAUAUGUGAACAUGGAAUUUUGCUUCUUAAUAUUAUGCAUAACUUUUUUUUCUUUUUUUCUAUGCAUUUUACCAUUGAGAGAUAAUUUUUGUCUCUAUAGCUUUCAUUUUGCUUGGCUAAAUUAAAUAUUUUGCAUAUGCAUGAAAUGUUUUAAUAAAACAAAUAAAUACAAAGUUCCCAUUGUGGACUCAUGUCUGUA